AUGCUGACGCCCUCCCAGCAUGCGGGCGAGUUGAACUUUCUCGAUCUUGAACUUCUGCAUCAUUAUUGCAACUUCACCGCGCAGACUUUAUCGGACAACCCACUGAUGGGCGAGUUCUGGCGCCUGAAUGUCGUCAAACUCGGGCUGGAAACCGACUACGUCAUGCGGAGCAUUCUCUCGCUGGCAGCACUGCAUCUCGCACACUUGAAUCCGGAGAGGAAAGAUCAGUUGCUGGAAAAGUCGAUGGUGCACCACGAAAUUUCCUCGAGGACGGCCGUAGGCUUGAUGGAGCAUGUUCAGGACGAGAACAAGGCGCAUUUGUUCCUCUUUUCAGUCUUGACUAUCUACAUUGUUCUAGCCAAUUCCCAAUAUCUACACGAGUCGCCGCUAGCUAGUGCAGGCCAAUCCCCUGACUGGAUAGUCCUAUUCUGCGGGACCCGGUACCUUGCCGGGGAGCCGGACGACAAACACCUAAUUUCACCCAUGGUUUCGCGAAUCACGACGCAUUUCCUGUGUCGAGAAGGUCCAUAUCACCACACGCAUCUUGGAGACCUCGAAGCAAACAUCAACGCAUCGGAGCCGGACCACGGGCUUCUGGAGAUAUACAACAGGGCCAUCAACGAGCUAUACAAGUCCUAUGGCGCUUUCUAUGAGUCUCCGGAUCCUCAAGAUGUCACUGAUAUCUUUGUCUGGAUUGCAAUGGUUGCAGAUGACUUUCUGCCCUUGCUCAGAGAGUCAAGGCAGAAGGCACUAGUCAUAUUCUUGUACUUCUGCAUGCUUUUGAAGCGUUUGCGUAGUCGAUGGUGGCUCGAUGGUUGGGCGGACAAUCUAUACGCGGAGACAUAUGGCAUGUUAGACCAAGAGCAUAGGUCGUGGAUCAGAGAUUCGACGGUAGAAAACAACGAAAUGAAUUUAUGA